AUGGCCAACGCAGUUACUCUUGCUGCUUUCUUGCAGAAUGGCCCUCCACAUGUGCGGAUCAACGCCCCGCCCAAUCCUGGUCCAAAUACGACAAAUACUGACUACAGCUGGGAAGAUAUUCACUCUCUAAAUGCCUGGCCAGAGUUUACUCUACAGCAUAUUACGAACCGCUAUCACCAGCUGCUUGACACUACCUCCCUUCCAAGUGAGCCAAUAACAUCGCCGGGUCCGAUUCUCGGAAACCAACCUCAAGGCCCCCAAGGGCUCACGAGAGUAUCAUACAAUGAAGGUGAAGACACCAGGAUCCUCGACAGCUACAAGCCCGAUGCAGCAUUCUUUGAUGAGAUAAUGCCCGCUACAACGAGUUGGAAUCGCGCACCUGUCCCUGUAAGACGCCGAGAUGAUGAUGACAAUCUUGAUCUUGCUCAACCAAUUCCGUGGAACGCACGGGGAAGCCCCGGAAACGAGCAGCUAACGGUCAUGCUCGUGCUUUGGUAUCUGGGCAUGCUGGCUGCGCAGAAUAAUGGCCCCGGGAGCUGGAAUAUCUGA